UACAAUGCGAGACGGUUGAGCAUUGAGCGCCGCUAGAAUUCGGAAAGAUACACUACUUCAUUCCACAAAGAGUCACCAAAAAAAAGAAAAAUACGUUUCGCGAUUAAGCGGAAAUUAGUCAAGCAAAUAAUAAUAAAUUAUUCAUCUGUGUCCGUCCGUGCGAGUGAGUUUGUGCUCGCGUGCAGUCUCAAGUGAAAAGUGCCUCAAGUGUGUUUUGGGGGCAGACCAGAUCAGAAAAAAAGACAGCCCCAAGAUGAUUGAGAGACGCAGUCAACUGGACAAGAUAAUUAUCACAGCCAUGGACCGAUUCGUCUGGUUCGUUCUUCUGGUGGUAAUGUCCCACCUGGUCACGGAGUUCACCCGCGUCUCCGGCUAUGCCCGCGGCCCACGUCACGAACUUGUGCUGUUAAACGAUACGAUGCUGCAACCGAUGCCAGUACAGAAUAUGCUGCUCUACCCCAGCCACGAGUACGACCAGUACCAGCAGCGUCCGUCCAUGAACAGCCUUCAGCAGAAUGCAGCUCUCCUGUUCAGUAGCCUGGCUGCAGGGGCAGGAGCAGGUGCGGGGACAGGAGCAUCUGCUGAGCCCAGCAGCAACGCCGCCAUUCUUGCGGUGGGUGACAGCCAGCCUGCACACAAUUCGGAGCCCAGCUAUCCCCUCUUCAGUCUGCGCCCCUUAAUCGACAGCAUUUUCGAGAUGGGACGUCUGACCGGUAGCUAUCGGCAGGCAACGGCGGAAGUGUCGCAAAAAUCUGUGGCAGAAGGAACGGUUCUGCCCUUGGGCCAUCCCAGCUCCAAUCCCACCGCCGAUUCGAAGUUCUCCGUAUCGCAGCGCAGGGCAAUGCGCGAGUAGAUGGCGUAACUCAAAUCUCGAUUAGUUUGUAGUUGUGCAAGAAUGUUGGCAUUUCUCUAAGUGAAUGCUAGAGUGUUUAACGUGUGUUUUUUUCGUGUGCAUUUAUAUAGUUUGUUUCUUAAUGUUUGACUUUUGUGAUAUAUGUAACAUUGUUGUAAGACUAGCAUAAGGACGUUUAUGUCCGCCCAAAAAAGAAAAUCCAAAAAAACUAUAUGUAUUUACGUCUAAAAUAAAUUUACAAGAAAGAAAAUACGAAAAUCUCCAGAUCAAUGGAGCUCAAAUACUGCUUGCAAGUGGUUCAAGACUAAACUCAAGUGCUUUAAUUCUUGUGCCUAAAAGAUGCAGCAAAAAACAACGCAAGAGAUGGCAGUGCUUCUGAAACUGCAUGUGCUGCCGACAACUGCUUUAAUAUUUCAUGCGCCUAAAAACUGCAACAUUAAAUCAACAACAGAGAUUGCAGUGCUAUUAAAACUGUGCGCAGCCCUGUUCAAAGUAUAUAAUUUGGAAAGAAAAUAAAUAAAUAUAAAUAUAUGUGGCCCCGGA